AUGGCGCGACUCAGUUACAAGCCCCAGGCCAAAGCACAACCUUCUGGCUCCGCUUCAACGACGUCGUCCUCGUCUCUUCCAGAGCCGACGCCUCACGACCUGAACUGCCUGACGAUCGGCGAACUGGAGUCUCUGGCGUACGAGCGCAUGGACAAACAGACCCGGGAUUACUACAACGAAGGUGCGGACUGUGGAAGCACCUUGAGAGAGAACAUCUCGGCGUAUAGCCGAUACCGAAUCAGGCCACGCGUGCUGCGGGAUAUAUCACAGAUCGACACUACGACGACCAUCUUCGGGCCCGAGACAACAGUCAGUGUGCCGUUCGGGGUGGCGCCCACGGCGAUGCAAUGUCUGGCCCACGAGGAUGGUGAAAUCGCCACGGCGCGCGCAUGCCGCAACAACGGAGUGGCCAUGGGCCUGAGCAGUUUCGCCACCAGUACGCUUGAAGAUGUGGCCGAGGCCAAUGGCGACAACCCACAUGCUCUGCAACUGUAUUUGUUCGAGGAGCGCGAGCAUAGUCGCAAGCUGAUCGAGCGGGCUAAAAGGGCCGGAUACAAAGCCGUCCUGCUCACCGUGGACACGCCCGUGCUGGGUCGUCGCAACCUGGAGAUUCGAAACCAGUUCAAGCUGCCGAAACAUCUGUCGAUUGCCAAUUUCAAGGAACAGGGCGAUGAUGUCGAGUCGGCGGUAGAUCCUCCUGGAAGUGGCACUGACAAAAAGCGCAACGGCAGCAAUCUCUCUAUUACACCUUCUUCGUCCAUCUCCACCACAACCACCGCCACCUCCUCAUCCUACCACGACGGGACCUUGCGAAACCCGCCAUCCGGACCAAUCACAUUCCACACGCACGCCGCGAACCCAACACUGAACUGGGAAGAAUCGAUCCCCUGGCUCCGCGAUGUAUGCGGAAAAGACAUGCAAAUCUGGGUGAAAGGAAUCGCGACCGCCGAAGAUGCCCUGCUAGCCGUCCAUCACGGGGUUGACGGCAUCGUUGUCUCCAACCAUGGAGGCCGACAAUUGAACGGCGCCCUCGCGACACUCGAUGCUCUCCCCGAAGUCGUGGCCGCCGUGCAACGUCAAGUGCCUGUGCACGUCGACGGCGGGAUCCGGCAUGGCACCGAUGUCUUCAAAGCUCUUGCGUUGGGCGCGGACUUCUGCUGGAUUGGUCGUCCUGUCUUGUGGGGGUUGGCGUAUAAAGGGCAGCAAGGGGUCGAGCUUUGCUUGAGGUUGCUGAUAGAUGAGUUUCGCUUGUGUAUGGGCCUCGCGGGCGUCACGAGUGUUCAGGACAUUACCAAGGACUAUUUGUGUCGUGUGGAUCGCGAUGGAUUUGUGAGUAGGUUGUGA